AGAAAGGGAGGGAGUGGAGAGAAAAAUCAGAAAGGGAGGGAGUGGAGAGAAAGAUCAGAAAGGGAGGGAGUGGAGAGAUUCAGGGAGGAAAGGGAGCAGAGGGAGAGUACGACGAGUCAGGAAAGGAGGGAGUGGAGGGAAAGUGGUCAGCAGGUGCUCGUCAUGUUACGGGACUCUCUAAUUACCUGCGGAAAUACCUGAGGGAGGGAGAAGAAGACACCGGGCCGGGCACUUUCUCUUUCCUCUCCAUGCAAGAAUGGUGUACAGGAAUGUGGUAAGACUUGGCCUGCUUGGGGUGGGCAGUGGUUUGGCCACCUACCACAUUGAUGAACUAGAGACGGCAGGCAUUGGAGCUCUGAGAUUUGGACGGGCAGCAGUGACGGUGAUCAAGAUUGUCACUGACUACAGAAGUUCACUCUACUCAGGUAGCAUCACACCUGGCACAGAGGAGUAUAAUGAUGUCAAAUCUCAGACACACCUCCGGGCUGCUAAGAAGUUGCUGGACCUUUGCUGUGUCAAUGGAGGUGCUUUUGUCAAGGUUGGGCAGCACCUGGGUUCCCUGGAGUACCUGCUGCCCCAAGAGUAUGUAAACACCAUGAAGGUGCUGCACUCCAAAGCCCCGGAGUCCCCACUGGAGGAGAUCAAAGGAGUGCUUCAGGAGGAACUCAAUUGCAAGCCAGAGGACCUGUUUGUAGAGUUUGAGCCUCGACCACUGGGCGCCGCUUCCCUCGCCCAGGUGCACCGUGCCAGACUCAAGGAUGGCCGGGAGGUGGCCGUCAAGGUGCAGCAUCCAUCAGUUAAGGCACACUCGAAGGUGGAUAUGAAGGGCAUGGAGGCGCUGGUCCAGGCAGUCUCUUUAGUCUUCCCUGAGUUUGAUUUCUCAUGGCUGGUUGAAGAAAUGAAGAAAAAUCUCCCCAAGGAACUGAACUUCACCAUGGAGGCUCACAAUGCAGAGAGAGUGGCCGCCCAGUUCUCCCAUCUCCCCUGGCUGAAGAUCCCCAAGAUAGAGUGGCCCCUCACCACCGAGCGAGUGCUGACCAUGGAGUUCUGUGAGGGCGGCCAGGUGAACGAUCGUGCCUACAUGGUGGCCCAUGGCAUCGACACUCACGAUGUCUCCAAGAAGAUUGGCAGCCUCUACUCGGAGAUGAUCUUUGUCAAUGGCUAUGUGCACUGCGACCCCCACCCAGGCAAUGUGCUGGUCCAGGCGGGCAAAGGCAAAGACACCCAGAUUGUGCUACUGGAUCACGGCCUCUACACGAAGCUGACCAAUGACUUCCGGCUGACAUACAGCAAGCUCUGGCUCAGCAUUCUAAACGCUGACCUGGAGGCCAUCCAGCACCACGGCAACCAGCUGGGUGUUGGGGAGCUGUAUGGCCUGUUUGCCUGCAUGGUGACCGGCCGCUCCUGGAACUCCAUCUCCCAGGGCAUUGACAAAAAGGCUCGCACGGCACAGGAGCAAGAUGAGAUCAAGGCCGAUGCAGCCAAGUAUUUUCCCGAGAUCUCCGCCGUGCUCAGCCGAGUCCCUCGCCAGAUGCUGCUCAUCUUCAAGACCAACGACCUGCUGAGGGGCAUUGAGUUCUCCCUUGACACCCACAGGAGCAUGAGUUCUUUCAUCACCAUGUCGCGUUGCUGCGUACAUUCGCUCUUUGCCCAGCGUAGUCUGUGGGCAUGGGCACAGUUCAGGAUCUCCCUCUACACUGUCUACCUUUACCUCCUGCAGUCAAGUGUAGUCAGGUACCUCUUCCACAAAGCCGGGCUGCUGGAGUCAUGACGUUGAGAGUAGUGUUAGUCAUCGUCUCUCACUCACCUUCUCUUCAGCAAACACAGCAUUACCACUUGUCCAUCCCGCUACUUAAUGCAUUAUACUUGUAUAUAGUAGAGUUGUGUUGGCUUGUUGGUUGCUAGUUGGACUUGUUACGAUGUACAUAAUAGUUUGAAAUUGUGUAAAGCUUGUUGUAUAAUGUUUAGUAACUUAUGUAGUUGUUGUAACUUAUGGAAUUGUAUAUAAUUUAUCUCUCUCUCUAUCUGUAUACUUUUGAGUAACAUGUAGGCUGGUCCUUCAGUUCCAUGCUGCUCAACUCUAUAGGCCUCUGAACAAGAAUUAACGCUCAGAUUCAAUGUUUCGGUUUUACUGGAUGCUCAGGGAUACAUACACUACAUUGCAUAUAUAGGUCAUCAGUAUUCAUUCAGGAAGUAACUUGCUAACAUGAUUAAGAGAACAUCAUGCUGUACCAAGAAAUCUAAAUAUAAUAAUUUUAUUUAAUA